GAGCUCGGACCGGCCAGCGAGGAGGGAGAGGGAGUGAGUGAGUGAGUGGGAGAGAGUGAGUGUCCGCCGCGUUUGACCGACUGCUCGCUCGCCCGUGUAGCAGCUCUGAGGGCGUGAGGAAGAGGGAGGAGGAGAAGAGGAAGAGCAAGAAGAAGAGGGAGAGAGGGAAGGAUCAGAGAGGAUUAGGGUGCAUUGGAGUGUGUGGUGCGUUCCUUAUUACGUCUUCACCUUGGUCGUCUCCUCGCCUCCUUCCGGAGCACUUCGUUUCUUGACUUCGGACGCCCCUUCGCACAAAGCCCGAGAACGAACAGAUAGACAAAGGACAAAUAAGGGAAGGCUAGAGCAAGCAGGACAAAGAGCGGCAAGGACCUCGGUGAUUCGGUGUUCGCGGUCGCAGGAGCACCUCUGAGGAACGACCGCCGGGCUUCCCACGGAGGCGGCGUCGUGACUCGCGCGUCGCCGGAGGUCAAGCCGCCCCUGGAGUCGCGCCUGCAGCGGGUGAGCGCCCGAGGCCGAGUGGAAACCCGGGCCGAAGCCGCGGCGGAGUAAGGAUCCUAAUUUUCCUGAACCCAGUCCUAUCCCUCGAUUUCUUGUUGCUUCUUGUAGCCUCCUCCCCGUCUUCUUAUCGUGUUCCCUUACCUGUCCACAUUCUUCCUGCGUUGAUUGCCUUCCUCAUCUGCAUCAACCUGAUCUUCCCUCUCCCCGCUUCCUUGCGUGGAAUCCUUUUCCUACUCCGCGCUCACCCGACCGCCCACGCAACCGGGCGGAAGGAACCGGGAGGCCAGAUAUACCCGAAGGACCUCGCAUGAGAGAGGCCAAACGACUUUGAGGACGCCCGAGAACGCCGCCGCCGCCAAGAUGCUGCAGAAGGGCUCCGAGGAAACGAUCAUGUUCAUCAACUACCUGAUCCUCUUCCUCCUCUUGGUUAUCCUGUGGAUCCUGUGGUUCAACCUAUUGUAAAGGAUGGGCUGCAUGGGAGAGCUAGAGGAGGAGGAGGGGAAGGAAGAGGAAGAAGAAGAAGAAGAGAAGGGGGAGGAAGAGGAGGAGACAGGAAUAGAGGAAGAGGAGGAGAAGGAGAAAGAGAAAGUGAAGGAAAAAUUGGGGAGACUCCCUCUACAGUCUCCUUCCUUGGCUGAGACUCCUUCAGCGACGACAGGCGUGAUGGCGGAGUAGUGUAGCUGAGGGAGCGCCCGUAUGGAAGGGAGUGAAGACGGAGGAGGAGGAGGAGGGGGAGGAGGAGGAGGAAAUGGACAAGGAGGAGGACUCGGCGUGGGCGUGGGCGGGGGAUCCUGCAGGAGCGCCCGCAGACGCACCUGUCGAGUGUGCGGCCAGCAACACCAGCCGCACGAGCCGCACCUGUACGACUACACCGACGACGUGGACGAGGACGUCACCUGCCACAUCUGCCUGCAGCCGUUGGUGACGCCCCUGGACACGCCCUGCGGCCACACCUUCUGCCGCCCGUGCCUCCUCUCGUUCCUGAAGGUGCAGCAGAACUGCCCCGUGGACCGGAAGCCUCUCUCGCAACAGCUGUGCAGCCCGUCGUCGCUCGUCCUGAAGAAGUGA